UCAGUUCUCUUUCAUCCCUUCCUGAGUAACGGUAACGUUUCGAACGUUAGUUGAACGGGAGUGAUUGAGGGGUAAAGAGUUGGGUAGUACUCUGAAAGCAGUUCGUGGCAAGACGACGACGUGGUCGAGAAGAAAAAGUUGCACUCCCCGCCGAGGGUCAGGACCAGCAUGAGGUCCUCGCUAGCGCUGCUCCUGGUAGCAGCUUUCGUCCUUGCCGAGGGCUCGAUUCGAGUUAAGCGGCAGGAGGAGAAGAAAGAAGAAAGCUUCGAGAACGAGAUUUGCAAAGACAAGGAUGCGGGCGAGUGGUUCAGAUUGGUCGCGGGCGAGGGUGACAAUUGCCGCGACGUUAUCCAGUGCACGAGUUCCGGCCUGCAGGCAAUAAGAUGCCCGGCCGGCUUGUACUUUGAUAUCGACAAGCAGACUUGCGACUGGAAGGACUCGGUUAACAAUUGCAAGCUGAAGAACAAAGAGAGGAAGGCCAAGCCCCUGCUUUACACCGAAGAGCCGCUCUGCCAAGACGGUUAUCUCGCGUGCGGUGACGGAUCCUGUAUCGAGAGGGGUCUCUUCUGUAACGGAGAGAAAGACUGCACUGACGGUUCCGACGAGAAUAUUUGCGACAUGGACAAUGAUCCUAACAGAGCUCCGCCAUGCGACCCCGCCGUGUGUACCCUGCCCGACUGCUUCUGCUCGGAGGACGGUACCACGAUACCCGGUGAUCUUCCGGGCAAGGAUGUUCCUCAAAUGGUCACGAUCACCUUCGAUGACGCUAUUAACAACAAUAACAUUGGCCUUUACAAAGAAAUCUUCAACAGCAAGCGCAAAAAUCCGAACGGCUGUGACAUCAAGGCGACCUUCUUCGUGUCGCACAAGUACACCAACUACUCAGCGGUUCAGGAAAUGCACAGGAAAGGCCACGAGAUCGCCGUCCAUUCUAUCUCGGCAAGGCAUAACGACGACGAGCGCUUCUGGUCGGACGCCACCGUCGACGACUGGGCCAAGGAGAUGGCUGGCAUGAGGAUCAUCGCCGAGAAAUACGCGAAUUUGACGGAUAACAGCGUGGUCGGCGUCAGGGCACCGUAUCUGCGGGUUGGCGGUAACAAUCAGUUCACCAUGAUGGAGGAGCAAGCCUUCCUAUACGAUUCCACCAUCACCGCGGCCUUGAACAAUCCUCCGUUGUGGCCGUACACCAUGUACUUCAGGAUGCCGCAUCGCUGCCACGGAAAUCUUCAGCAUUGUCCUACUAGAUCGCACGCUGUGUGGGAGAUGGUGAUGAAUGAGCUAGAUCGACGCGAGGAUCCCCAGAACGACGAAUAUCUGCCUGGUUGCGCCAUGGUAGAUUCGUGCAGCAAUAUCUUGACCGGCGAUCAGUUUUAUAACUUCCUCAAUCACAACUUUGAUCGUCACUACGAGCAAAAUCGCGCGCCUCUUGGACUCUACUUCCACGCCGCAUGGCUGAAGAACAACCCCGAGUUCCUAGACGCUUUCUUGUACUGGAUCGACGAGAUCCUGCAAAGCCACAAUGACGUAUACUUCGUGACGAUGACUCAGGUAAUCCAAUGGAUCCAAAAUCCGCGCACCAUCACCGAAUCAAAGAACUUCGAGCCCUGGCGGGAGAAGUGUUCGGUGGAGGGACCUCCGGCAUGUUGGGUGCCUCAUACCUGCAAACUGACUUCGAAGGAGGUACCUGGCGAGACCAUUAACCUCCAGACUUGCGUGCGCUGUCCCAACAAUUAUCCUUGGGUGAACGACCCGACCGGUGACGGCUUCUUCUAAACUGCCGAGCGCGAUUCUCCUUCUCGUCUAAGUCAAAUUCCUCCUUUCUCCUUUUUCCUUAGUCCUGCCGAUCCUUUCCUCCCUGUAUCUCAAUCUAACGUCGGUCGAAAGGCGCGUCGCGAGUCUUCGCGGUUCAACUACGACGCCGGAAAUCGCCGACCAACGCGUCAGCCGAGUAUCCUCGAGAUUUUCGAGAGCAAUGGCGAUUACGGCGACGAGGCACAUGGAAGAAACGAGGAGAAAGAUCAUCGUUAGUCCGUUAGACUCCGCUCUUAGUUGCCAAUAUUUUUCGCUAUUUUUAUCGUUGAGAACAACAUAUCUGUGAUGAUUAGUUCUGUUCAGUUGGAAUAACACGGGGUCUAAUGGACUGAAGAUGAAUAGAGUAAAAUGAAGCUCUCUACUCGCUUCGCAUUCACAGAUGUCCCUUUAAUAAUGACGGUCGCCUUCGUCUUUAGACGAAAUUUGCACCCGAAAUUCGCACUCUAAUCUGCAAAGGAAAAUCCCUGUAUUUUUUUUUCGCGCGUGCCUCGUUAUCAGCUGGUGAUUAAAGCUAACGUUCAUCAUGCAAUCGCCAGCGAUCUGUGAUAGACUCCCAAAGGUAAAGUCCUUCACAAAGUCCUCGAGGCGGCAACGACGGCCGCGUUGACCAAUUAUCACGACGAUGACGAGAGCCGCGCGCAUUUCACUCAAAACCGGCAGAAGCAAAAAGCAAAAUAUCGCGCCCCACCCGAUCCCACGAGGAGAAAUCGCGGAUCCUUCGAUGGCGGCGGUUUGGCGAUCCGCGAAUGGGAUUCCAUAUGUAAUAUAAUCGUACCCUCUCGCCCUCUCCCCUCCGCUCUAUCGCAUAUCUGAUUCCCUGACGAAAGCCACGACCGAUAUCGUUCUAUCGGCGAAUACGCGCUUUCUUCCCGUCGAACUUCCCCCCUCUGUCCUCAGAAAUAAUCCUCGAACACCGCCAAAUCAAUUGUUCCCCGAUUCGAGGUGUGCCCUUAUUUUUUUUAAGGGUCUGCCGAUUAAUAUAAAUAUAAAAAUAUAUGUAUAAAUUUAUAAAUUUAUGUAUAUAUAAAUUUAUAAAUAUAUAUAUGUGAAAAUUAAAUAAUGUGUAUGUAUAUUUGUAAAACUAAGUGAUACUACCAACGUAGCGUUCUCGACGAACCUUUGAAUAAAAGAUUCUGAGAAAUCACACACGAA